CUAAUUGGCUGCCUGUGAGCUGCCCUGGAGACUCGGUCGCUCGGGACACCACGGCGGCCGCUGGAGACUCGCUGCCCCGUGGCUUGGCCGCACUCCUUGGGCUGCAAAGUGCUCCAUGGUGCUGGUGACAACAUGUGGCGGCUGAUGGGACUCCUGGGCCGAGCUCUUCCCCGUCUGCUGGGACCUGACCUCUGGGGUGUAACCCCUAAGACCACCAGCCCCACUGGGACUCAGGCAGCCUCCUCCACACUGCUGGUCCCUGAGCCCAGCUUUCAGAGGUCAGGCCCCCGUGGCUCAGGCACCAGCAAGGGUCCAAGGAAUCAUGGCUGGAAGGAAGCAUUCCACUGGAUGUCUGCUCGUGUCUCCCCCAACACUCUUUGGGAUGCUGUAUCCUGGGGCACACUGGCCGUGUUGGCCCUGCAGUUGGCACGGCAGCUCCAUUUCCAAGCAUCCCUGCCAGUAGGACCGUGGCAACUGGAACACUGCUCUUGGCGCAGUCCGCUGGACCAUUUCCUCUCAUCUCCCCAGUGGCCGCCACACUUCUCACUGCGGAGACACAUUCUCCCCCUUCCGCAUGGGCCUGUUCCUGGGCACCCUGGCCGCAGGGGACCCAGGCAGGGCCCUGAAGAGCCCUUGAUUCAGUCCCAGAGUGGCCCCUUGCACAGCCCCUCGGAGACAGCCAGCCAUCAGGACUUCUCUGAGGAAGGUGCUGGUGAUCUGGGCUUCCUGUAUGCCAACUUGCACUCCCAGACGAAAGCAGCCCAGCCUCAGCCCCUGGGGAAGAAGAAGGAGCAGGAGCCACCCAAAGCCCUUCCGCUCGAGGAGGCCGCCAUUUCACUUCAGCAGCUUUUCCAGCUCAGCGUUUCCAUCGCCUUCAACUUCCUGGGGACAGAGAACAUUAAGAAUGGGGACUACGCAGCAGCCUUCUCUUACUUCCAGAAAGCUGCAGACCGUGGCUACAGCAAAGCACAGUACAACAUGGGCUUGUGCCAUGAGCAUGGCAGAGGUACCCCCAGGGACCUGAGCAAGGCAGUCCUUUAUUACCAGCUGGCUGCCAGCCAGGGCCACAGCCUGGCUCAGUACCGCUACGCCAGGUGCCUGCUGCAGGACUCAGCCUCUGCGUGGGACCUGCAGCAGCAGAAGGCCAUGUGCAUGCUGGAGCAGGCCGCAGACUCGGGCUUGACAGAGGCCCAAGCUUUCCUCGGGGUGUUUUUCACCAAGGUGCCAUACCUGGAUGAACAGAGAGCCGUGAAAUACCUGUGGCUUGCUGCCAACAAUGGGGACUCACAGAGCAGAUAUCACUUGGGGAUUUGCUAUGAGAAAGGCCUCGGUGUGCCAAGGAGUCUGGAAGAAGCAGUGAGAUGUUACCAGCAGUCGGCGGCUGUGGGAAACCAGCUUGCCCAGGAGAGGCUGCGGGCACUCUUUCCCAUGAAAGCAGCAGCUCCAGGGCCCAGCAACCUGGCGAUUACAGGACUGAAGUCUUUCUCCAGCCCCUCCCUCUGCAGCCUAAAUACCUUGCUCACAGGAGCCUCCUGCCUACCACACGCCUCGAGCACAGGGAGCCUUGGCCGCCUCUGCAGGAGCGGGCAUGUCGGAGCUGGCCUUGGGGCCCCCAGCAGAACCAUCCCAACCUUGGAAAGGAGUCUCGUAAGAUUAGGUUUCGGCUAAGGUGAGACAAAACACAACCACUGGUGCCUUUCCAGGGCUGGGGGCAGAGACAGAAAGUUAGAUGACAAAAACUGCACAUCAGUGUACUUUGCAGGGUAAAAAUUCCAGUGGGAGCUUAAGUUCCCAAACGACUUUAAGUGCAUGUAUGGCUAAUGAAUAAUGACUUUGACCAUUUCCCCCACUUGGCUGAACAUGGGAUGUAUUCAUAGUCACUUCUGGUCUAUGCCCCAAAGAUUGACUCAGUGACCUAUAAGAAAGUCUACUGAAGAGUCCAGAGACCCCUGGUCCUCACCUCAGCCAUUGUCUCUGAGGAAGUCACUUCCCUUUCCUUUGCAUACACACAAGGUACAUGCCAACACCUCAAGGUGGCUCAUGAGAUCACUAUAGGUGGCAUUCAGAUCUAUAUAAUUUUCUUUUGAUAGUUGUAAUGUUUAAUACAAAAUAUGAAAAAUGUGACCAGUGUGUUGAUCUGGGGUUUUACAGAUGUUAUGUCUCAAAUUAAACUUACUUUAAAAGAGGAGAUAAUCAGUUUAAAGAAAACCCUUUUUGCAAGGUAAGCCCAGGUCCAAGAGGUGGCAAGAAUAACAGGAAUGGUGCCAGCAAUUGCUGAAUCUCAGGGCACCAGAAUCAGGCUGUUGGCAUUCACCUUUGUUAGCUUGCAGUGGAGUCCUGACUGUUCUCAUUUGGCCUCUGAUUGGGGAGGGAGGAGCUCCUUGCCUGACUGCUUGUGUUUUUCAGACCAUCUCAAUCCAACCCUAGAAAGAGCCUGUGUGUUCUCAGAGAAAUUUUACAACUUGAGUCCCAAAGAAGAGGCCAGUUGUCCAUCUACCUUCCCAAAACCUCGAACACCUGCACAGCAUGGUGAAGAAGAGGAAACUGUGUGAAAUCCUGGGCUUGGCUCUGCCACAUGCCUCACCGUGUCUCCUGGUGGAUGCACAUACCUGACUGGCUGUGUUGUUUCCUAUCAUGUUGACCAAGGACAGGGGUGUGUGCCCUGCUGCCUUACAGGACUGACCGAGCGGACCCUGAUGCUCACUCAGCCCAUGGAAGUGGUGAGGUCCCCAGAGAUGAUGGCCUAAGGAGAUACCAGGCCAGGAGGAGGACCUGGGUAGCCCAGGGUUCACACUGUGAUCACAUGUGUGAGUGU